AUGAAUACGUCACAGAUCACAGCGGGCGAUGAAGAACGCCGAGACAAACCGGAAAUUGAUCACAUGGAGGAAGCACCCGUUGACCUUGAUGACGCUCACCGAGCUGCCUUAGAGAACAAUCCUGAUACUGUCGAGACUCCUUCUCUCUCAACAAUCUUAGCAGUCCUCUCUCUUGCUUUAGGAUUUGUCGGCCCCAUCUCUUGCGGUUUUGCUCUAGUUACUGGCAUCCUUACCACCAUCCAGACAGACCUCGGCGAUACCCAUAACAAAAUUACCUGGUUGGUCGGCGGCUGGUCUGUUGCUUCGUCUGUGUCUUUUUCUAUUGCUGGCGGCUUGAGCGACAUCUUUGGUCGACGAUGGACGAUACUGUCUGGUGAGCUGAUUUGCAUCAUUGGAUCGGCUGUAGCCGCAACCGCCAAGACAGUCGAAACGAUCAUAUUAGCUUCAACCUUCUUGGGCUUUGGAUGCGGCAUGAUUUAUGUCAGCUAUGCGGGCAUAUCUGAGUUACUUCCAAACAAAUGGCGUGGAAUCGGCUUGGCGACCACAGAAUUCGCCAUUAACGUACCCUUCGGCCUUUUGAGCGUUCUGCUGGGUACUCUCCUGGUACUCCAUACUGCUCUCGGCUGGAGGUGGUGCUACUAUAUUGGCCUCAUCUACGGCGUUAUUAGCUUGGGAGGAACGUUUACGUUUUACUUUCCACCAACAAGACCCCAGUACGAUUAUGAGAAUACCCGGCUAGACCAGUUGAAGUCUUUGGACUUUGUUGGUAUCGCGCUUUACGUGGGAAGCUUGACCACAUUUCUUGUUGGACUAACAUGGGCGGGGCAGCCUGGCCAUCCAUGGCGCAGCCCUUCAGUGUAUGUUCCUAUAACUCUUGGCCUCCUUGGACUUAUAGCUUGUUUCAUCUACGAUUUUACAAUUCCUAGCAAGCCUUUGUUUCCCCUGGAGGUUUUUAAAGAGAUUCGAAAAUUCACGGUGUUGCUUGGGAUCACUUUCGUAGCAGGGAUGAUUUACUAUUCUAUGAUGGCACUGCUACCACAAGGAUCUCUUUGGAUGUACACCAGUGAUCAAAUGCAGAUUGCUUAUAUAGCCCUACCCAACGGCUUUGUACAACUUUUCUUCGGUGCUAUUGGCCCUGCCUUAAUCGGAAAAAUUAAGCACAUCAAAAUGCAAAUCAUUGUUAUGCUAGUCUUGCAAACGACUUUUACGGCUGCUCUGGCAGCUGUGGUUCCACAUAACCGAGUAGCUUGGACAGCCCUACAAGCAUUCUCCGUGGGUCCAUUCGUCUUGGUCACUAUAGCCUGUUAUGUCACCACUGGCCUGCAUACACCCCUUCGACAUCUUGGACUUGCAACGGGGCUCAUUGGAACGUUCAGAAGCAUGGGAGGAAGUGUUGGAAAUGCCAUAUUCAACACUAUAAUUCAUGGCAUCGUUAAUAGAGAUCUUGGAAAGGGCAUUGCGCAAGCCGCCAUCCAGAAAGGAUUCAAUCCCGAAGAUCUCGGUUCUCUAAUAUCUGCGACUAUCAAUGCGGCUCUGGGAAUUCCACAUGCAUUUGCAUCAGUCCCAGGAAUUACACCAGCAGUAGAGACCGCUGCCGUCAAAGCUUUGCGACAGGUAUACGGCCAUGCAUUUAGGAUGGUAUUUUACGCGACUAUCCCUUUCGGUAUCAUUGCUAUAACCUUGGCUUGUUUCAUUGAAGAUCCCUCUAUGUACUUGAACAAUCACACGGCAGUGCAUAUGGAAAAAGAGGCAGGGUUUGGAAAGGGUCACAGCAACAAGAAAGCAGAUAAUUCCUUCCAAGGCCGAAAGGUUUAA